AUCUGAAGAUCAGGGAGGUGUUGCUCUCUGCAAGCAAAAGCAGGAUGGUGUUUCAGACAACCGCUCAGUGACCUCGCCCGCUCCGACAAUUGACACCCAAUUACUAACUAAUUCAUCGAGUACUUACCCAGACGGAGACAUCCCACUGCUGUGGAAGGAGAUUGAUGCACAGCAGGAAGAAAGCAUGUUGAUAAUCGAUCUCGCAAACAAAAAUGUUCCAACUUCCAAGAAGUUGAGGUGGCACAAAGCAAAUAAAGAUCUAAACAGUGAUCAUUACCUGGUUGAGAAUGCCAAAGAAAAAGUUAUUUCCAGCAAAGAGAUGUUGGAGAUGGAGACCACAGAAGAGACAGCACAGUGGCAGCACAAGGAACUCCACAGGACCUCAGGGAAGAGUUCAUCCCAAGCAGGGAUCCAGGCUCGUUGCGGAGCCCGGACAUGUGGAAAGGCAAGAGCUCCUGGGCCAAGAGGACCAGUGGGGCUACCUGGUCCACCGGGGAACCCUGGACCACCAGGACCUAAAGGAGAUAAACCUGCUGUGGUAGGAUGA